AUGCCAAAAUCGACAGAAGAAAUAUUUGCUCUUGAUAAUGAUGUUAUGUUAUCUUCCACAGAUCGAUCUCAAAUUGAAAAGCUUCAUCAGUUAUGGUCUAAAGUACAAGAACUAAUAACCAAAUUCAACUUAUUUUCAUCACCAUCACCACCAACUGGUGAUGUUGAAUUCGAGAUCAAGACACAGAUUAUUUCAACACGUAGCUACCUUCUUCUCUUCAGUGUUUCGCUUUUUGUACUUGCCAUUUACAUUGGAGAAGUACAUGUCACAACGACGAUCACCAUGCACUCUCCAUCGUACGAACAGUAUUCUUACCUAUAUCAACAGUAUCCACGGUCUCUUUCAUGUCCUUGCACGACUAUCUCCACUCGCUACAAUGAAUUCAUCGAUGUUAAAGUCGCACGUUAUCAUCAAGUGUGUGAAAGUGUAUAUGUUACACCAAUCUGGCCAUUUGCUUUUGCCAAUCUUGUGAGAUUUCAAAGAAUAUAUAUCUUCGAUUUUCGUGCAAUCGGCUCUCCUUUCUUCAAAACAUUGGCCGCAUUUUGUACAGCAACUCGUCAAGCCAUUGAUGAUGAACUUUUCGUAUUUAAUGCUCAGCAUUUUGUUACUAGCGAAGUAAUGCCAAUUGAAGUUUUUGAAAAAGAAGCACAAUCAACUGUUCAAUCUUUUGCUGGGUCAACAACAAGAUUGUUCAUACGCUCAAUCGGACUUUUACGCGAAACCAUUCAGGCUAACAAUCUUUUCUCGGGUUUGACUACAAAUCUUCGUUUCGCACCAUAUUUUUUCAAUAAUCAAAGUAUUUAUAUUCUUCCCACAUAUAAUACUUAUAUGGACAAUUUAUCAUCACCUUGCUAUUGCCAUGAAACACCAACAUGUGUUAGUUCGACUCAUAUUUUCAAUGAAUAUACUCAAGGUCCACCAGUAGCUCAAUUCACGCUACCUGGUCUUUUCGUUGGUUGUUUUCUAGUUGAAGCUGUUCUACAAUCAAAUCUUGUCUGUUUCUACAAUCAAUCUUGUAUCGAUGAACUUCGUCGAAAUUUGAAUGCAACAAUUCCGUUUGAUACGCCAGCACUCGAUACGAAUAUCGAAAGUCAAUACAAACCGAGUUCAGCCAUUGGUGAUAUUGUUGUAAAACUAAUGGUUGAGCAAUGGUCGAAUACAACCUCGCAUAAGGCUUACUAUGCUCAAUGCAAGCCUGCAAUAUGCACUUAUUCAUUUGUCGGUAAAAAUAGUUGGUUCGUUGUAAUGACAAAAAUAAUUGCACUUGUCAGUGGUCUCUCCACCAUUCUGAAAAUUGUCGUUCCUCGAGCAGUAAAAAUGGUUCUAUCCCAUUUUAAGAAUCGUGUCAGACCAUUUGCUACCAACUGA